CUCAGCUUCUAGCGUUAUCAGUUUAUCCUUAUCAUUAUCAACAGAAAUGAUUCAUAUUCAUAACAUUAUUUUUUUUCAUUUUUCCGAAGUGGUGAUGCCGAAAAUUCCGCCGGAAAGUUCAGUGCUCAGCUCUUGAAAUGAACAUCUUUUCUCCGCUGUACCGUUGUAACAUUUGAUACAAUUCUUUGAAUACGUAUUCUUUCCCUGUAUCACAAUUCCAAUGCAGAACUGCGUGAAGUGUUGAUGUUCUCAUCCACCCGUCUAUAGUUUCCAUUCUUGGAUUUCGUAACUCAGUAGUUUCCUGAUUUCUUUACUUAUCCCGAUUACGCCUUUAUUUUUUAAGCCGUUUAGCAACUAGAGUGACUCGUUCUGUCUUUCUUUAAAACAUUGUGUAAAGAAAUAUUUUGAGGUUAAGUCUUAUCAGACUGCAGGUUAGCACAUGUUUUAUUUACCUCAAUUUACCUACCCAUCAGAUGCAACAGGUUCAAUUCAGUCACGUUUGCGGAUUUUGAUGAUCUCCCCACCUUGAGCACAUUUAUUUCAAGAAUACUUCUCCAAUCCAAUCCAAAAUUCACCAUGUGUUUUCAACAGGGGCUGAUUUUUAUCGUAGAUGAACAUGCAGCAAGCACUUCUACGGAUCAACCAUCAACUCCUGCCACGAUAUCACCGUCUACCAACCUUCCAGCUCUUUCUCACGGUGCCGCGGUCGCAGCCCAUGUCCUCCUACCCGAUGGAUACAUGCAGGACCACCCUCGCAUGAAGAAACUGUUUCGGGAUAAAAACGUCCAACUUCUGAACCGAGAGAAUUUAUCAAUUCUGACAACCCAUGUCGAUAAGCUUCGUGUAGUCGAAAUCCUCCUAACGGUAGCCACUGACUCUCUUCACAUCGCCGCCGCUUACCUCUCUGGAGGAGUUGACAUCGUUAGCCGACUUUUAGGUAUCCCAGUGGCUUCGGCGUGCCCUGAAAAUCGUAAGAAUAUGCUCCUUGCUGUCGACGAUGACAACUUGCAACUCUUGGAACCAAUCCUGAAUCGCAAGAAUGAUAUCAAGUGCGUGUUCGGUCGCCUCGGGUAUGGGGAUCUGCUGCUCUUGGCCGCCGAGACGGGCCCGGUAGCCCUCGUCAAAUCGUUGUUGGAACACGGGGCCGACGCCAACUGUCGAGACGCGUCUGAAUUUAGUUUAUUCCCCUCGGAGAGGGGCUUCACCGCUCUGCAUUACGCUGUCUUGCGUGGCUGCGCCGCGUCAGUCGGGCUCCUCGUCGAAAAGGGCGCCGAUGUCAACGCCCGAAAGUUUAGGGGAGAAACCCCUCUCCAUCUCGUCCGACAUCUCGACGUGGCUGAGAUCCUCCUGGAGAACGGCGCCGACGUCAACGCGCUGCAGGAGGGCGACAACGCGGACUUCUACACGCCCCUCAUUUCCGUCAUCGCGCAUCACGAAUGCCAGUUCGGGACGCCUGAAAUGAAACUAGACAUCGUGAAGCUCUUCGUCAAGUAUGGGUGCCGUUUGGACACGGAGCGCAUCCCAGACUUAGCGUUGAUUGGGGGGAAAGACUCUCUACCGGCUGUGUUCUCGUGCCUCCUCGAGAAUUGCUUCAGUGGCCCGAACUUCUCUUGGGAUGUCGGUUCGGGCCUCCGAAAACGCAUCCGAAGGGAUUGGCGGAAUCACGGUAUGCACUUUUCUCAAUGCGGCCAAGUCCACGCUGACUUCGUCCACCUUCGUCGGAUAUUCGCGUGCCAUGCAGUGAAGCUCUUCUGCCUCUACCCGGAGCCUAAUUUUUCAUUCGAUGACGUCGAAUCAUGGUGGCUCGAUGAUGACGACAUUGAAGCCCUCGUUGAUGACGACAUGACCGCGUCAUGGCUAACGCGCGAUGCAGCUACCAGUCUUACUGCACUCAUUAGCGCGUGUGAGGAGGAAGUGAGAUGCCUCUUCGAACUCUUCUGUGACACUGAAGAGUUUGUAUACGACGUCAUAACAAGCAACGUGUAUGACGUCGCUUGUCUGAUGAGAAACGACUUUGUCGCCGCAAUGGCCGAAACUAUCGAUUGGAUCGACCGGUUCCCCCUCUACGGCAGUAUGUUGAAAUUCCGUUUAGAUAAAGGGAAAAAUCAGAACUGGUUUCAGGAGGUCGGGUGCCGAAGCUUCGAUUCCUUGUCCGAAUGUUUUAGAGAAUUACCAGAAGAACUGAAAGGAAAAUUAAUCUCUUAUCUCAGGCCUGUCGACAUAAUGACUCUGCGGAGGGUCAGCAAGCUCUGCCAUCUCACCCUUGAACUCGAUCGCUUCACCAUGGCGUCCACCUUCGGUUUCACACUCGGUGACUGGCGUCGGCGCUACGAGGAGGAUCCCGAGCAAGCCGCGCGCCUCUUGCAGACCCACCUGACGGCCAUCGACCCGCAGGACAACGCCUGGCUGCACCGGGCCACGGUCUCCGACCUGCGAGCUCAGAUCGAGCCUCUCCUGGCGACUUACCUUCGGGACCCGACAUCCCUGCCUCUCUUCGGCGUCCCGUUCGCCGUCAAAGACAACAUCGACGUCGCCGGCUGGCCCACGACGGCCGCCUGCCCGGCCCUCACCUACACCCCCGCUACCGACGCCUUCGUCGUGGCGCGUCUCAAGGCCGCCGGGGCCGUCGUCGUCGGGAAGACGAAUCUGGACCAGUACGCGACGGGCCUCGUCGGCGUGCGCUCCCCUUUCGGCGCCGUGCGCAACACCUUCGACCCGGCUUACAUCAGCGGCGGCUCCAGUUCCGGCUCCGCGUCGGUCGUCGCGCGCGGCCUCGUCGCCUUCGCGCUCGGCACGGACACCGCCGGCUCGGGCCGCGUCCCCGCCGCUUUCAACAACGUCGUUGGCCUGAAACCCACCAAGGGCUGGCUCUCCGCCGCCGGCGUGGUCCCCGCUUGCCGCCUCAACGACACCGUUUCCGUCUUCGCACUCACGGUCGAGGACGCUUUCCUCGUCGCCAGUCUAGCCGCCGGUUACGAUUCCCGAGAUGCCUAUUCGCGAUUUCACCCGCGCACCGCUCCGGCCGCUUUCAAAGCCGGUCCGGACCUCGCCGUCCCACUCCGCGCGGCGAUGAACUUCUUCGGCGACGCCCAUGCGGAAGCGGCGUGGGACUCAGCGGUGUCACGCCUACGAGAGUCGGGCGCGAACAUGAUACCUAUCGACUUCGCUCCGUUCCAGCGGCUAGCGGAAGAGCUGUACGGGGGUCCGUGGGUGGCUGAGCGCACCGUUGCCGUCGGGGAUAUGCUGCGGCGUCCCGACGCGAUGGACUCGGUGGUCCACGGCAUCGUCAGUUCCGGCGCCAAGUACACCGCGGUGGACGCGUACGAGGCGGAGUACCGUCGCGCGGAACUAGCGCGCAAGAUCCAAGAGACCUUGGCGCAGGUGGACGCCUUGGUGGUGCCCACAGCGCCGACCAUCCACACGAUCGCGAGCGUACGGCGGGAACCGGUUCUCUACAACUCCCAGUUGGGCACGUACACCAACUUCGUCAACCUGGCGGAUUUGGCCGCGCUGGCGGUACCAGGGCCGUUCCGUCCAGACGGUCUGCCCGCGGGGAUCACGCUCAUCGCCCCGGCUUGGCAUGACCGAGCUCUAGCUGAGCUGGGUGUCCGGUGGCAGAGGGCGCUGGCGCUACCCCUCGGCGCCACGAACUUACCGCUGCCCGCACCACCCACCGCUCUACCGCCGUCGACAGAUCACGUGCGCCUGGCGGUAGUUGGCGAGCAUCUCAGCGGUAUGCCGCUUAACCACCUCCUCACGGAGCGCAGGGCGGUAUUCGUGGAGGAGACGCGAACCGCCACUGGUUACCGCUUGUUCGCGUUGUCCGACGGGUCGGCGAAGAGGUCCCGUCUUCUGCGUGAUGAACGCGGAGGGGCGGCUACCGUGGAGUUAUGGGAUGUUCCGUUGGGUCGCUUUGGCGAGUUUGUAAUGGAGGUUGUUGGUGUCGGCCCUAUAAUUUUAGAGGACGGCCGCGUUGUGAUUGGAUUACUCCACCUCAUCACAAAUCAGAGCUGCCUUAACCCCUUAUCGCCACGAGGGUUCAACUUGAUCAUGCUCACCGUAGCUGAAGAAUCACCCACAAUCAAAGUCCUGCUUCUGCUCGUUCCAGAUCGGAUAGGCACGAGCCUAGACGGUGGGCGGCGCUUGCGAAGCACGCCCGCUGCCCCCCUCCCACCGCCGGUGGGCGUAGCGCUCCUCCCCCAGAACUUCAAGAACCAGCGGCCGGACAUCUGCGACCUCUUCCGACGCCGCGGGCUUCCGGUCGCCAACACAGUCGCCGACCUGACUCAACUCGACCUGCCCGCAACCGACCCCCGGCUGGACAUGCUUGAACUCAGCCUGGACGCUCGGUCCGCCUCCAUGGACCCUUUAACACUCUUCAACAUUCUGGGUGACAACCGGCAACUCGUUCGUCUUCUACUUAGCCCGACCUCUGUCCAAUACCGUCGACGUUGCUGCAGCUCUAAAUACUGCACUUCAUUGAACCAUUGGGCCACUUGUCGAGGACGAUCAUUCCUCGACCGAGACAAUUUUCAAAUCCUACGCUACCUGAUUCUGCUCCGGGUCGAACUGACUCACCGCGACCCCACAUGUGGUACUCUACUUCACUUAGCCGCCAAGAGAGGUUACGAACGUAUCGCUAAGUGUAUAUUGCCUCCUUACAAUCUCGAUCCCAACGCCCAAGACCUUAACGGCCGAACUCCCCUUUUUUGGGCUCUUGAAAAGCAGCACGGUGGAGUCCGAAAUUUGUUGUUUGCCCUCGGCGCCAACAUCAACCACAGAGAUCGGAACGGACAAACAGUCUUGCACGUAAUGAUGUCCCUGCGGUACACGAUGGCAUCUUAUCUCAUCGCAUACAACGCAGAUCCAAACGUGGCGGACAACCAGGGCCAGACGCCCCUCAUCCUGGCAGCUCGCGAGGGCUCCGUCGAGGACGCCAGGAGUCUUCUGGACGGGGGAGCCCGGAUCGACGCAGUAGCCAACGACGGCACGACGGCGUUCCACGCGGCGUUGUGCGGGCGCCACUACAACCUCUUCCGGUUCCUCCUCGAGUACGAUAUCCUGCACAUCCUAACCGCGUUGAGGAUGGAAGUCGGCUUGUUGUUGAACCCGGUGAACGUACCGAACGUCAGGUUCCUCCAGCGGGCCGCCAAGUUCCUACAAGAUCACCUCGUCAAGGUCCUGACCUUACUACAAGACUACCACUAUACGUUUGACUUUCUCGACUUCUUGGGUGACGUGAGCGAUCUGCGCGCCAGGUGCUCGGCGGAGGCCGCCGCUCUCCGGGCGGAGCAGGUGUGUCCGGGGGUCUCCUUGUUCAACGUCAUGACGAUGGACAUGGGACGGCUCGUGGGUCUCCUGCGCAACGGGGCUGUGGCCCGGCGCAUUCGCAACACUGACCGGGAGAGGUUCCCUGUCUACGGCAACAUGCUCAAGUACAGUUUCAACCGCGGGAUCUACCGUAAGAGGCUUCUCCGAGAGGGUGUCAACGCCUGUCAUGUCCUGAUACCCCGAUUUCGGGCGCUUCCGUUGGAAGUGUGGUUCGUCGUAGUGAGUCAUUUGAGCAACCGCGAGUUGGAAUAUUUGUCGUUCCAAACGCAUAAAAUGAGAAGUUUUCGGAAUCGCCAAGCGGAAAUGCAAAGGCGAAUGAGCGCGGCGCGAGGCCGCAACGAAGAUGAUGUCCGUGAGCGUGACCUUGAUCAAGAGCCUGAACGUGACCUUGAUCAAGAGCCUGGACGUGAUCUUGAUCAAGAGCCCGAGCGUGACCUUGAUCAAGAGCCUGAACGUGACAGAGAGCUCGACCGGGAGCGUAUCCUUCAGCGUUAUCUCAUCGUCGAGCGUGACCUCAGCCUUGAGCGUGACCUCGACCGCGAGCGUGAUUACGAAGUGGCGGGCCUUCCAUUCGACGAGCCUAUCCGCCGACUAACAUAUGAUCGAAUGAGGAGAAGGCUGCGCAUCCGCGAGAUUGGGAGGGAAAGACCGGACCUAGGCGAGCCGAGAGGCCAGAUUGAAGACGACGAACGUGAGCGCCCACAUGAUCGCGAACGUGAGCGCCCACGUGAUCACGAGCGUGAGCGCCCACGUGAUCACGAACGUGAGCGCCCACGUGAUCACGAACGUGAGCGCCCACGUGAUCACGAACGUGAGCGCCCACGUGAUCACGACCGUGAGCCUGAAGCAGCGAUGGGAGACUUACUGCAGAACGGCGGCUUAUUGCAGCCUGGCCGCAACGAGGGACCGAAUGCCCGGGAACUCGCUGAGUUGUUGUUUAACGUCCAGCGAGUGGGCAGAGAUCAUGGGCACAUGUACCCGUGGCGCCUCAACCACAAUGACGACCGUGAACGCCCACGCAAUGACGAACGUGACCUAGAUCGUGAGCGUGAUGCUGACCAUGAGCCUGAAAGACCCUUCUUCCCACCUUUCCCACCUCUCCUCGACCGUCCUCUACAUCUCCCGCAAAGACAGGAGCACCGGCAUCAGAUGCGUGGGUUGCUCGUGGUUUCUCGGUCACGCGGGCCUCCUUUUCAAGACAAUCCGGGAGACGAGGAACGUAAUCUUCCGAUUGAGAUUUUGCUGGACUCCGGUCUUGCGGGACCCCGUAGUGGGCGUGAUGACCGCAUUCGUCGCAUCCAAGAAGACCUCGCGCAGGACGAAGACAAUUUUAUUCGACGCAUGCAAGAUUGGCCGCCGCGGCAGGAUCCAGUGCCAGCACCGUGUCCGCGCUCGUCACCCCCCCGUGCACGAUCGUCACCUCCGCCUUCGGAGGUCAUGACGGCGCCGAGUGAGCCCGGGCGUACAACCGCUGCGCAAUGCCUAAUUCUGGUCGUCGACGAAUGUGAAGGGCGCGCGCUAGAAGGGUACGUACUCUUCGCGCAGGAUGAGCAAAUAGCUUUCCCUAGUGUCUGUCGGCUCUUCAACGCGAACGGGCUCCAGAUUCUUGUGAACGGAGAUUCGCAUCCCACGCUAGAGGCGGCCGUUGCCGUUGGUCGAGUUGAGGUCAUAGAAAUGCUCGUCACGGAAGGGACCCUCGGGCCCUCUGGAGCCGUAACCCCUGAACCGCGGGCCCACGUUGAGAACCACAACCGAAGAUGGGUCGAUAAGCUUUUGGAUCUGAACGAGAUAGUGCAGUACGAGGCUGAGUUCUGCUGUUUCCAUGAAAUUCGGUCGGCAGUUGACAGAGACAACCUGGAGCCUCUGAGCAACAUGCUGGCGCGUGGCCCCGACAUUCGCCAUCGUUACCCUAAGGGGGGGACCCUUCUGCAUCUCGCUGUGAACCGUAGCGACGAGCCUCUCGUUCGGCUCUUACUUGACAAGGGUGCAAGUGUAAACGCACAACGAUCCGACCGAUCGACCGCGCUUCACUUGGCCGCUCACAAGGGUCACGAAGGCAUUUUCCGGCUACUCCUAAGUGGUGGUGCUAACGUUAAUGUCACGAUGACAGGAUCGAAAGCCGGUUCCACGCCACUCCAUCUCGCCGCCGCCAACGGCCACCUCAAGAUCGUGGAGGAGCUACUCUUGCAGGGCGCCGACAUCAACGCUGCCGCGUUCUCUGACACCAGUCUGGGCGGAGCCACGGCCCUCCACAUGGCUUUGGAGAAGUAUCAACCGGAGAUCGUGGAGUUGCUUCUGGAGAAAGGCGCUAAUGUGAAUGCCACAGCCUUCUUCGACAAGACUGCCCUCCUCUUGGCCGUGGAGGGAGGCCGCUUGGAUAUCGUUGAAACUAUCCUUUCGCGUCGACCAAGCUUGCACGAUCCCAGCAAUGAGUGCGCCUACCGCCUAGCCAUCACUUCUCCCGGUGAAAACUUUGCGGCCAUCACGAAUAGGCUAACUGAAUAUGGGUUCACAGUAGGACCGGCCGAUGUAGGCGAGAAAGACCUCCUCCAUGGCGCUAUCCGCAAAAAUCAGUUAGAGGUUGUCCGUAUGCUCCUUUACCACGGCACUGAUGUCGACGAGAUGAACGGAAAUGGAUUCUCGGCGUUAACACCCCUCCACGCUGCCGCCCAAGCAGGGGGGGAAGGCGUGCUCCGGAUGCUACUCACAUGUGGCGCCAAUGUGAACGCCCUCAACGGCCAGGGCAAAACUCCCAUCUUCGAAGCCGUCGCCUUCGAGAAUCUAACAGCUAUCAAGCUGUUCCUGGCGUACAACGCGAGUAUCCACGACAUUCCGACUUAUUUAAUCACUGCCUGCCAAAAAGGGCUCGAGGAUAUCGUGAAGAAGCUCCUGGAACGCGGAGCCGAUGCCAACGUCCGGAAUAACCAAGGAGAGACACCGCUCUUCAUUUGCACCAAGAACGCGCGCGUCGUCAGAAACCUCCUGCGCUACGGCGCCCGGGUCGACGUCACGUCAAUCUUCAACCGGACGCCGCUUCACGAGGCGUGCGCCCACGGGACCGCGGAGGUCGUCGAGAUCCUCCUCCGCAACGGCGCCGACGUGGAGAGCUUGUGCGAUAUGAGCCGCACGCCCAUCUUCUACGCCGCGCAACGCUGGGAACUAGGCACUCUCCGGAUCCUCGGCAGGUUCAACGCCCGCAUCGACCAUCGUGACCGCGAGCACAAGACCAUCUUCAACCACUCCACCACCCGCGGGCGCUCCCCCACCGGCCCGUCCGAGAAGCCUUUGGAAACUCUCCUCAAUUACUAUCUCACAUCGCCGCACGUUGUCACCCUCAUCCAAGAGCGUCGACGCGUUGUGCCCCCGCUUCCUCCUCCUUUGCGACAUGACCCCAACAGGACCCCCCAGGACUUCCAUCAGGCUGUCCUUACCGCCCGGAGCCACAGCGUGUGCAUUUUAAAGUUAGAGAGGCAUGCCUUCAAGAUGAAAGGCACCGGACUCUUCUUCGUGGACAAAAGUUUGAGUGAUAUGAGCCUCUACUCGCGAGGCUUCCUCGAGGAGUGCCGGGCUGAGAUCGAACAAAUGAAGGCAAAGGCGAUCGGCAAGACCUUCGUAUCUUUCUACGACAUCCUCGUCCAAGACGAGAACCAGCUGGCACGCUACGCCAGGAACGAGUCCAUAGUCAACGCACUUAACUCGACCCUAUGUGCGACCUUCCCCAUCUACGAAGAUCAUCUCAAGUCCCAGUUCGAAAAAGGCAUGCUGAGGAAAGAUUUCUUGAGCAGAUGCGUUCCCAUCUGCGAUUGGAUGUUCAACGCGCACUCGCCGCUGCCGUAUGAGGUCAAAGAGCGGAUCCUCACCUACCUGAGUAAUAAGGACCUUGGUCAUUUGAUCUAUACUUCGCGCUUAAAAAGAGUUUUUUCCCCAAUGGCGUGCGACCAGCGCAAACACCAGUGCCUGAUCUUCGUCGUCUACCAGGGAACACCGUAUGAUUCGCAAUCUCAUCAGCCUCAAGCGACAGGCUUCGCGCUGUAUCCGGAAGCGCUCAAGGCAGUCAUCUCGGAAGACUUCCUUUCUUUAGUCGGCAAACCCCUCCAGGUUCUCUGCAAGGAUGAAACGUACCCGGUCCUGGAUCAAGCAAUCGACGAAGAUCGGGUGGAGAUCGUCGAGCUGAUCGUCGACCAGGAAGCCGUCGCUGGCUCCAAGUUCAUCUACGCAGAACGAUUCAACAACGACAUCGUCCCUGUCCUGCUAGGUAGUCGUGCCGUCGUCCACUACGAGGCUAAAUUCCACAUCAACCAUGUCCAGACGGCCCUAAUCGAAGAACACCGGACUUUAAUCGACCAUAUACUCUCCCUGAGGCCGGACAUUCGGUAUAGACACGUCAAAGGCGGAACAUUCCUUCAUUUAGCUAUAGAGCGGGGCAACGAGACUCUAGUUCGACUGCUUCUCACCCGCGGCGCCAACAUCGCGACGCUCCGUAACGACGGUUCGACUGCUCUCCACGUCGCGGCUCAAAAGGGCUUCCUGCCCGUCGUCCAAGCUCUCCUCGACGCAGGUGCCGAUCCGAACGGUAGGAUGAAGGACGGCUCGACUCCACUCCACCUAGCCGUGGAGAACGGGAACGAGGAUGUGGUUCGUCUCCUUCUGGCAAAGGGCGCCAUGGUUAACGCCACCGCACUCUCGAGCUCCUGUUUGGGCGGCGCUACUCCCCUCCAUAUCGCCGUUGAGAAGCGCAACGGCGAGAUGGUGCAGCUCCUCCUAGAGAGCGGGGCCGACGUCAACGCUACGGCUUUCUUCGGCAUCACCGUCUUGCAGUUGGCUAUUGAGCAGGGCUCGGGCGCCAUCGUAGAGUGCGUUCUCAAGUUCGCCCCCUCCGUCGAUAACGUCAACAACAAGCGGGCGUUCCGCAUGGCCGUGUGUCAAGACGACGGCGAGUACGACAACAUUGUAAGGCAGCUGCUAGAUAAAGCGUUCAUGGUGGAUAAGGAUGACGUGGGAAACGCGGAGCUGCUGCUCGGCGCCAUCCGCAAGAACUCGAAGCCGAUCGUGCUGCGGUUGCUCGAGCAUGGGACACAGAUCAACGAGUUGCUCGGCAGCGGGUUCUUUUCGGCGACACCGCUUCACACGGCGGCUCGAUAUUCAUCCGAAGAGAUGGUGUCGCUGUUGCUGAGUGCCGGCGCGGAUCCUAGAGCCAGGUGCGGGCGCGGAAAAACCCCGGUCGAGGACGCAUUCGAGUGCGUUAAUCUAAACGCACUUAAGGCGUUCGUUGCCUCCAAUGUACACGACGUCGACGAUCACGAGCUGUUCCUGAGGGCGGCUGAGGAGGGCUGGCUGGAGAUCAUCAAGACCCUCCUAGCGAACUCGCCGGCUAUCACGGAAGCCACGAUCAGGGACCCAACGCUCCUCUUCACGGCGGCACGACGCGGACACGGUAACUUGGUCGAGUUCGCGCUGGGUCAUGGGGCCGAUGUCGACGCCCGCAGCGAGGACCGCCGCACGGCCCUCCACGAGGCGGCCGCCAACGGGUUCGCCGAGGUAACUGAGUUCCUUCUCCUCUCCGGCGCAAACGUGGACGCCGUAUGCGACACGGGGCGGACGCCCCUCUUCGACGCUGCGCUGAAGGGGGAGACUAGCGUCGUAGAGGCGCUCCUCAAGUUCGGGGCCCGUGUCGACAUCAAGGACCCCAGCUGGAAGACGGCCCUCCAUGAGGCGGCCGGCAAGAGCAACUUCAAGUGCCUGCGCACCCUCCUCGAGUACAAUUUCACGGAUCCGAGCUUCGUGAGCUUCGUCUACCAGGCGGACGCCCCACACGGUGCCCUCGAGCUCUCAUUCCGCCACAGGCUCCUCAAGUUGAUGGACGUUGAGGGGGCCCGAGUUCGCCGCCAGAACGAUCUCUACUUCGGCACUAUAGAGGUAUUUGCAAAGCAUGCAAUAAAAUCAAAUGCUGCCGAUCUGUGGUUUGAUGAAAAGCGACAACCAGUAUGGAAGAGCAAAGAGCUGAGCAUAAAUGAGUGCCAGGAAGAGUUGAAAGCCAUGCAGUCGGAGCCUAUAGGUGAUACAAGUGUAACCUUUCACGAUGUGCUAAUGGGCAACCAAUCUCGCAUCGCAGCAUAUGUCCGCAACCAUGAUAUUGUCCAAAUCCUCAACUCAUACCAUUUCAAGCACAGGUUUCCAAUCUAUGGUGAUGCAGUGCGAUACCAGUUCCAGAAGGGCACUCUGCGCAAGGAACUGUUGGAGACAGGGAUGAUAACAUGCGGAAUACUCUUCAACAAGUAUUGUAUGUUACCUGAUGAUGUUAAAGAAAAGAUCCUGAAUUACACUAGCAAUAAGGACCUUAUUACACUUAUAAAUCUAUUCAGGAGUGAGCGACCUCCGGAUGAGACCUCGUUGGAGAAUAGUGGAGGUCUCCUCUCCCGAAUGAUCCUCCAGCUACAGCACUAUUUCUUACCCAUUUUUAGACGACGCCAUUGUGAUCACAUGGAAUUUUGAUAGAAGAUGAAAAGCUCUGCUGACUGUGAUAGAUUUUGAAGCCAAGUUUAACUGACUGAUAGGUAGCCGAUUUUAGAGUAUCGAUGGCUAAAUUGCAAAACUAUGUGUAUCUCCGUUUGCUACAUUGCAGACUUCCUGUCAUACCUCAAAACUAGUCAACAUAAUUUCUUGAAAGCUGCCUUGAUAAUCCUCGUUAGUGACAGAAUAUUCGAUAAACAUUUCAAGCUAUGAAGUUGGCUUGAUUUUCUUCAAGAAAAUAAAAUAGGAGCAGAAAUUUUGACAAACCAAAUGGAGAUACAUAGUUUUGCACUCUUUGGCCAUCAAUAUGCUCAGCAUGGUUAUUAGUAUGUAAGUGAAGUGACUGAUGGACCAAUUUGAAACAAGGUACAAUUUAAGUAUUUUAAUGUAUGUCUCUCCAGAAUUUCAAGAAGAACACGAUUUGCACAACAAAAACUGACAUUAACUAAGAUAAUAGGUAACGUUUUUAUUUCCCAACAAAUUUGUAUUCUAUUUCCUACUCACAAGAAAAGCCUGAGUCUAUGUUAAUCGAAUUGCUCACUUCAAAGGUAUUGGCAGGCUUCUUAAUCAAGUUUCCUUUCCUGCCUUGAGUCGUUCCAAGAGUAAACAGUGUGGAUCAGCUGAGCCACAGCGUCGAGAUUGAGGUUGCCGUAUCCUCAUAUUGCAGAGACUGUUGCUGUGCCGUUCCAUGUGCUAAUUAACCCAAGUACCUAGAUAAUGGUUUUUUCCUUAGCCAGAAGGUUGAAUUUAUGCAUCUAUUAACAUUAAUAUCUCAGUUAGGGGGUCGUAUUUCCAGUAGUUUUUGUUUCACAAAUCAAGUUCUAGGUAACAUUUUGAUGAAAAAACCUACAUCAUAAUCCUUGAAUUUACACGUUGUCUAAUGGUCCAUUAUCCUUACCUAGUGGAAUUAGAGAAAGAGUAUGUGGACAAAAAUUUAGUAAUAUUACGAAAAUCAAGUUCCUGUAUCAGCAUUGUUCUUCGCUAUUGCUCCCCUCUAGCGGUGACCAUUGAAAAUUGUUCUGCAAAAAAACAAAACUCAAAAAGAAAACGCUGUUCUCGCUUAUAUGCUGAGAAGCGUUCUUCUUUCACGCAAUUUUAACUUAAAAAAGAAUCUAACUCUAUGCGAUUUUCCUCUAAUUUUCAGAAGUUAAAAACAACUUCUGAAAAUUUGCGUUCAAAUUCAGUAAAUGUUUCUAUCAACAAAUCAUUCAACUGCAAAUUAUUUACAUACUUAAUUUCUGUACCUUUGAAAAAUAAUUGGAGCAGAAUACAAUAUUUAAUUACAAAUUAUGAACAAGUUUACAUUUCCAGUACAAGUAAAGAUAACUCAGUCACCUGGUUUUCCACUUUGCAAAGUAAAGUCCAAAUAUUCUUUUGGGUAGAGAUUCCAACGAUUGCAUGAGCACUCAUUGAAUUCUCAGAAUCUUGCCAUUGAAAGAAAGAUAUGUCUUCUUAGCUAUGCAGUUAAUGAUAACUGUUUAUUUCAAGUGAAAUUAAAGUAUUAAUUAGGUACUUGCAGGCUCCCACUCUAAAUUAAAUGAUUUUUUCUUGUUCCACUUGGUCCUGCACAUGUUUUUCCUUCCAAUAUUGUGCGUUUAAUUUGAAUUUUUGACUUCAAGCGGGUUAAUAGGUAAGGACGUUCAACUUUAUGUUAGCAAAGUUGUUUAUGAUAUAAGUUCCGCCGUUUCAAGUUGUUUUUUUAUAGUUCAUUUGUUUUUAUUUGUGAUUGUUUCUCUCAAUACAAAGAAAUACACGAAUGUUGGACAUUAA